AUGAGGGAGGUCGCUCCUCGGGCCGUGUGUUCAGGACAUACUGAGGGAGAACCGGACCGUAUGGACGCUUGUUUGAACUUGCCUCUCGUCCCUAUGAUCAACUUAGGGAGGUUGGUUUCGGAGGACUGCGCGAAGCCGGCGCUCGAGAAGCUGCACCGUGCGUGCAAAGACUGGGGCCUCUUUCAGGCUCUCAACAUCAUGACAAUUGUUCACCUGAUAAAGCAAGAAGUGAGCACUAAGUUGAUAGAGAAAGUGAAAAAGGGGACCGAAGAGCUGUUGAACAUGCCAAUGGAAGAGAAGAAGAAGCUUUGGCAGAGAGACGGCGAAGCGGAUGGCUUCGGACAGGCCUUUGUUCUCUCGGAAGACCAAAAGCUUGAUUGGGCAGACAUCUGCGCCCUUGCCGAUGCAACUCUUGUGGAAUUUGAACGAGUUACCUUCUAG